AUGUGCGCCGCAUUUCUCAUCUCCGCCUCGUACGAUAAACAAAUACGCUUUUGGGAUGGCGCUUCUGGUCGCACGGUGCGUUGCUUCUCAUUUCAGGACUCUCAGGUGAAUGCACUGCUGUUGAUUCCAGACACAACGUAUCUUGUCGUGGCAGGGUUCGGCCUCGUGCGUGUGUACGACAUUGGGGCACCAAAUACUGCGGCAGCGGCAAGUGGUGGGACCGGCGGUGGUACGAACAAUCAAGCGCCACCGAUCAUGUCAUCUUAUGAGAAUCAAUCCGCCAUGAAUUUUACGAGUCUCGGGAGUUUUCCACUGCAUCUGAAGCGGGGCGUCAUCUCAUUUUUUGGCUCCUCCAACGAGAACUCUACCAGCAGUUUUCUUACUGGAACCGUUGACCUCACGUCCACGCUGCGGCUGUCUCAGGAUGAUGCAUGUGUUGAAUUAUCUACCGCGCUCUACGCUACCUCAGAAGAUGGUCAUAUUCGUUUUUUUAACGCGACUAAUUCAAAUACGCUGCAGCUUAUAUGGGACAUUUCUACUAAUGUGGCCAUCACCUGCAGCGCUCUUUCGCCAGAUCGUCAGACGUUGUUUACAGGGUCGCAGAUAGGUCGCGUCUCUGUAUGGCACCUUCCUACUAUUAUGGAGGUGGCGACGCAACAGAUGCAGAAUACUGAUGGAAUUCUCUAUGGGCAGAAACCGUUACAAGAAAUUGCCUUUGACACGGACUACACAGCCAUUCGAAGCAUUGCGGUCGAGCCGUUGGCGCGUUGGGCUGUGGCCGCAACAAACGCAGGUAAGUUGCACUUUUUGCGCUUUCUGAAGAAGGCACGUGGUUCUGGUUCUUCGACAGAGCCACUUCCUGACAACGAAACUAAACUAGAAUCCGGUGGGGCGAUGGAGUUGAAAAAUCCAAUGGGCGGAGCAGUCAACACCAAGCACCGCAAGAACUCUGCAGACCGUGGUGCCAAUGCUGUGCAUGACGUUGGUUCUUUUCAGUUAGAGGGUGUCUGUCGACCCACCGCCGUUGGUAACGAGGUGGAUGCGGGUGGGUUGAAGGGUAACGUCUUUGGGUCAUGCGCGCAAGCGCAUGGGGAGGAGUCACAAACGCCUGCGUUUGCGACUCCGGAACUUAAAGCUGUUCAACCUACGGCGUUGUUUGAAGAUCAAAAGACAGAAUCAGAAGAGCCUUCAAAGAUAUCCUUUCCUAAGCAAUUGCCAGCUUUGCAACAGUUUUUGAUGGAGGUGUUUUAUUCCUUUCAGGCGCAUUACAAGUACAUCCUCAAGGUGGCUAUAUCCCCCAGUACGGAUCUGUUGGUCACGUGUUGCGCCGACUACACCGUCGGCCGCUUUCUCAUUCCGAAGGAGCUUCAACAGGGUACGGCAUUCGAAGCAAGACGCAGUGGGGAUGACAUUUUCAACGGGCAGGAGAACGAGAACACUAUGUCUGCAGCAGCGCCAAUGUCUUCCGAGGGAGUGGAUAGGUUGCAGGCAAGGCGCAUGGCACAACCAAGAGCCCCAGAAGUGGCUCUAGCAGUGGCAUCGUUAUUACAACCUAUGGCAGGAGAAGAAGAUUCACAAUGUGGCUCGGCUGAUAAACCGAACGGAGCUGAAGCGAAAACGUUGGAAACAUCACAGAGUGGAACAGGUCAAAAGGGUUCAUCGGACGCGGAUGAGAGAAUAGCGGAUGGAUCAGCGGCAAAAACAGAUGAGAAGGCAUCAGCUUCUCCCGCUGACUUUGCUGAUGCUUCCUUACUGCAGUUCUCUGUUGUCCAGUCGCUGAACAUUGAAGAUAACACACAGCUCCAUAGCACAGGCGUACUGAAAUUUAUCGCAUUGAAGCCUUUAACGGGACACCUACGGUGGGUGUGGGAUUGCGUUUUCAGUGAUUGCGGCCGUUAUCUCUUUACGGCAAGCAGCGACCAUUACCUGCGGAUGUGGACAGGGCUGCUCACCGACCGCGUACAGUCCACCUGCUUCAUCGGACAUACGAAGCCGGUAGUAUGUUGUAUAUUGUACUAUGAAAAGAGGUGGUAG